AUGCACCCCUCAUACAUCUCCUUGGCGCUCUUCGCCAUUGGCGCAAUCGGUGCGCCCUCGUACCCACGCCCCGAGUCUAGUGACCCAUUCGACACCUUCCCCUUCAUGACGGGUAGCUCUACUGUGGAAGAAGAUGACGAUAUGGAUGAUCCUCUCCCUGCGGCUAUGGGUGCCAUGAUGCAGGCCGAGCAGGUUGAAAUGGCUUCAUACUCUGCCCCAUCAGUCAAACCGACACACAUGGCUGCGGCAGCUGCCGCCGCAGCUCUUGGUAGCGACGCACCUGUUGCGAAGCCAGACGUCAUGGAGCAACCUCAGGUUCCUCAGGCUGAGCCCUCUCAAGUGGCUACGCCUAAGCCUGAGCCGCCGAUGCCAGCUGUGGAGGCUAGCCCCUAUGCCUACCUCCUCCUCGGCUCCCGUUCCUAA